GCGCCCUGGAGGAUCUGGAACGCGCGGUGCAGCUGAGCGGCGGCCGGGGCCGCGCCGCCCGCCAGAGCUUUGUGCAGCGCGGACUCCUGGCGCGGCUGCAGGGCCGAGACGACGACGCCCGCAGGGACUUCGAGAGGGCGGCACGGCUGGGCAGCCCCUUCGCGCGGCGCCAGCUGGUGCUGCUCAACCCCUACGCCGCGCUGUGCAACCGCAUGCUGGCCGACAUGAUGGGGCAGCUGCGCCGCCCCCGCGACAGCCGCUGAGCGCCGCGGACCCGGGCGUCCGCGGGCGAGGGGACGGGACUGGGCCCUGAACCAAUAAAGCCGUCGGGCCUCACCGACUCCGCCUGCUCCUGCGUCCUGCCCGCGCCCGGAGAGAAAGGCACUCGGGGGUACUCGGCGCGGGCUGGAGACCAGCCAGGGGGUGGUGAGCCGCGGCCGCCCACCUGCCGGGUAAGGGCCCCUCGGGCCCGUGGUCCGGCAUCGAUUGGCCCCGCCUGGCGCAGCCCCCGCCCCUGCAGCGGACUGCGGUGCUCAUCAGACCUGAGCAGUUGCUCCGGCGGCGCUCGGGGAGGGAGCCAGCAGCCUAGGGCCCAGGCCCGGGCCACCAUGGCGCUGCCUCCGGGCCCAGCCGCCCUCCGGCACACACUGCUGCUCCUGCCAGCCCUUCUGAGCUCAGGUUGGGGGGAGUUGGAGCCACAAAUAGAUGGUCAGACCUGGGCUGAGCGGGCACUUCGGGAGAAUGAACGCCACGCCUUCACCUGCCGGGUGGCAGGGGGACCUGGCACCCCCAGAUUGGCCUGGUAUCUGGAUGGACAGCUGCAGGAGGCCAGCACCUCAAGACUGCUGAGCGUGGGAGGGGAGGCCUUCUCUGGAGGCACCAGCACCUUCACUGUCACUGCCCAUCGGGCCCAGCAUGAGCUCAACUGCUCCCUGCAGGACCCCAGCAGUGGCCGAUCAGCCAACGCCUCUGUCAUCCUUAAUGUGCAAUUCAAGCCAGAGAUUGCCCAAGUCGGCGCCAAGUACCAGGAAGCUCAGGGCCCAGGCCUCCUGGUUGUCCUGUUUGCCCUGGUGCGUGCCAACCCGCCUGCCAAUGUCACCUGGAUCGACCAGGAUGGGCCAGUGACUGUCAACACCUCUGACUUCCUGGUGCUGGAUGCGCAGAACUACCCCUGGCUCACCAACCACACGGUGCAGCUGCAGCUCCGCAGCCUGGCACACAACCUCUCGGUGGUGGCCACCAAUGACGUGGGUGUCACCAGUGCGUCGCUUCCAGCCCCAGGGCUUCUGGCUACCCGGGUGGAAGUGCCACUGCUGGGCAUUAUUGUGGCUGCUGGGCUUGCCCUGGGCACCCUCGUGGGGUUCAGCACCUUGGUGGCCUGCCUGGUCUGCAGAAAAGAGAAGAAAACCAAAGGCCCCUCCCGGCGCCCAUCUCUGAUAUCAAGUGACUCCAACAACCUAAAACUCAACAACGUGCGCCUGCCACGGGAGAACAUGUCCCUCCCGUCCAACCUUCAGCUCAAUGACCUCACUCCAGAUUCCAGAGCAGUGAAACCAGCAGACCGGCAGAUGGCUCAGAACAACAGCCGGCCAGAGCUUCUGGACCCGGAGCCCGGCGGCCUCCUCACCAGCCGAGGUUUCAUCCGCCUCCCAAUGCUGGGCUAUAUCUAUCGAGUGUCCAGCGUGAGCAGUGAUGAGAUCUGGCUCUGAGCCGAGGGCGAGACAGGAGUAUUCUCUUGGCCUCUGGACACCCUCCCAUUCCUCCAAGGCAUCCUCUGCCUAGCUACGUCACCAACGUGAAGAAGUUAUGCCACUGCCACUUUUGCUUGCCCUCCUGGCUGGGGUGCCCUCUAUGUCAUGCACGUGAUGCAUUUCACUGGGCUAUAACCCGCAGGGGCACAGGUGUCUUUGGCAAGGCUACCAGUUGGACGUAAGCCCCUCAUGCUGACUCAGGGUGGGCCCUGCAUGUGAUGACUGGGCCCUUCCAGAGGGAGCUCUUUGGCCAGGGGUGUUCAGAUGUCAUCCAGCAUCCAAGUGUGGCAUGGCCUGCUGUAUGCCCCACCCCAGUACUCCACAGCACCUUGUAGUAGGCAUGGGGGCGUGCCUGUGUGGGGGACAGGGAGGGCCCUGCAUGGAUUUUCCUCCUUCCUAUGCUAUGUAGCCUUGUUCCCUCAGGGGUAAAAUUUAGGACCCUGCUAGCUGUGCAGAACCCAAUUGCCCUUUGCACAGAAACCAACCCCUGACCCAGGGGUACCGGCCAAGCACAAACUAGUCCUUUUCGCUGCACACGUCUCUGCCCUUCACUUCUUCUCUUCUGUCCCCACCUCCUCUUGGGAAUUCUAGCUUACACGUUGGACCUUCUCUACUAUUUCACUGGGCACUAGACUUUUCUAUUGGCCUGUGCCAUCGCCCAGUAUUAGCACAAGUUAGGGAGGAAGAGGCAGGCGAUGAGUCUAGUAGCACCCAGGACGGCUUGUAGCUAUGCAUCAUUUUCCUACGGUGUUAGCACUUUAAGCACAUCCCCUAGGGGAGGGGGUGAGUGAGGGGCCCAGAGCCCUCUUUGUGGCUUCCCCACGUUUGGCCUUCUGUGAUUCACUGUGAGUGUCCCGAGCUCUCGGGGUUGAUGGUUUUUCUCUCAGCAUGUCUCCUCCACCACGGGACCCCAGCCCUGACCAACCCAUGGUUGCCUCAUCAGCAGGAAGGUGCCCUUCCUGGAGGAUGGUCGCCACAGGCACAUAAUUCAACAGUGUGGAAGCUUUAGGGGAACAUGGAGAAAGAAGGAGACCACAUACCCCAAAAUGACCUAAGAACGCUUUAAAAAGCAACAUGUAAAUGAUUGGAAAUUAAUAUAGUACAGAAUAUAUUUUUCCCUUGUUGAGAUCUUCUUUUGUAAUGUUUUUCAUGUUACUGCCUAGGGCAGUGCUGAGCACACAGCAAGUUUAAUAAACUUGACUGAAUUCA